UAUUCUCAAUCGUACGAUAGCAAGUGCUUUGCGGUGUUUCAUAUUUAUUGAAAUUCUCUCUUUUAAUUCAUUUUGGUGCAUCAAUUCAUAUCAAAGGCCGAUCUGGUCAUUGGAAUACAAUUUCCACGAUUUUUUUUUUUGGGAAUUAUAUAAAAUGCCACCAAAGCGUCCACAUUUGCCGCGAACAGACGGCGAGACGGUCAAACGAAACAAAAUUGUCGAUCCAUAUUGUUGGCUGUGCCAUGGCAACGACACCAAUAUCAACUGUUCAAAAUGUAUCCGGUCAUACCAUUCGACGUGCAUUAGCUUGAAGUCAGCAAUUGAUGUGUCGACGUUCAAGUAUAAAUGCAAUACAUGCAUUAAAAUGGAUGUGGCCGCAUCCGAAUAUUCGAAAAGGAGAGAAAAUGUGGAAACAGUGAACGGGUUGCUGAAGCAUGUAACAAAACGACUCGAGGAAGAUGUCGAGUUCGUACGUUUUAUCGAUUUUUUCGAAGAAAAUGAGACAAAAGUAUCCGAUGCGGGUCUUGUCAAUGUAUUUGGCUUGGAAUACACCAGAACCAAAGUGGAAUCGGCAGGCUACAAAACAACGUUGGAACAUCUAAACGAUAUACGAUGGAUUCGUCACAAUGUCUCUGUUAUUGCAAAUUGUCCAGAAAUUCUUCGUAUGGUGAAAAGGCUUGAAAAAUUCUGCAUCAAAGAGGUGUACGACAUAGAAAUGUGUGCAAAAUGUUUUGAUGCUUCGAACACAGAAGAAAAUUGGUUUGCUCAAGUGUGUAGUCCGCCGCAUAUCCUGGUUUGGGCGAGAGAGUCUGGUCAUCGUCCGUAUAAGCCAGCUAAAGUGAUCGGUUCCACCAGCGAAACAAAGAUUGACAUUCGAUUUUUUGGUGAUCAUGACAGAGCAUUGGUGCCGCCAACCAAUUGUUAUCUCUAUUCCAAACAAAAUCCAAACCAUCGAAGCGAUGAUAAAACCCGUAUGGAGCUCAUCAAAAGUUUGGAGGAGGUUGAUAUGUAUAUUAAAAAUAUACAGCGCAAGCACGGUUCGUUUUUGAUAACAUCUGAACCGAAAAUUGAAUUCAAUGUCAAAAAAAUUGCAAAGUAUCUGUCAAAUUUGAUACCUGGUCUAGAACUACCGCCCAAUUACACGUUAAAACGUAAGCCAAAUUACUUGGCCAUCCGUAAUACAUGCAGUAAAACUCCGUCCGUAAAUCGGUCGAACGUGAUAAGCAAAGCGUCAGUACAGCCAAAACGAGAGCUAAGACUUGUCAUUGAACGUGUUGAAACGAUUGCAAGACUGCAAAAAUAUUUGCACAGAAGCGAUUCCGAACCAAAUGAAAUGGAUUGCGAUUUGGUGUCGGAGCAUCAAAGCGAAGCUGAACAUCCGGAAAUUGACGAUAAUGUGAGCGAAGCAAUUACCGACGAUAACAUGACUGAAACGUCUAAUACUCAAUUAAUUGGCAUUUUCAUCGAGCCAGCAUUGGCCGAUGAAAUUCCAUCCAUCGUCCAAGAUAUAAGUACGGUGGAAAUGACAUCAACCACAUCAUUCCUCGACGACAGUGAAACUGAAGACAUUGUCGAAGAAACCAUUCAAAGCGAUCCACAACUGAUGACUAUGGAUGAAAUUCCAGCCGAUGAGGAUGAAAAUCUGAUAGAUCGAAUUUAUGAACAACAACAAGAAGAAGCAUUAAACGUAUCGGACUUAUUGGACAAUGGCUACGAAAUCGAGUUAAAUGACAUGGUGCCAUUGGCACAGUCAACUCCAUUCAAAGCAAUAGGCUCAAACAAACAUUACGAUACGGCUCACACGUUGGUGGCCGAAAACAAUGACACCGACAUUGCAGCGCUACAGGCCAAGCUCGACGACUUGCAACAACGCUAUGAACAAUCAAAGGUCACCAUCGAAAGUCUUGAAGUACAAGUGGCGCGUUCAACAUCGGAACUCGAGGCAGAGAAGAAGGAAAAUGCCAGAUUGAUGGCUGACAUUGAUAAAGCGAUCGAAGAAACAAAGAAUAAAAUUUGGUGUACAAUCUGCAAAAAUGAAAUAAAAAUUCGUAAUUCCUGCACUCUUUACUAUCCAGUAUGCAGGAAACAAUGCCUGAUUGCAUUAUGGGCAAAGUCCACGGAAGCCGAAACCGAUUUGAAUGACCCUCCGGAGAUAGCCAACAAUGAGACUUCGGCUGUAGACACACAUAUGGCGACACAAUUAUGGAUCGAUCAAUUACAAAACAGUCAGCCACUUACACCUGACACAGAAGUGGAAGGAGAUCAUGAAGAUCUAAUGGAAAAUUUUCUUCGCAAUUGCUAGCCGUUUCAUUUCCGAACACAUCGCAUCAAUCGAAACUGACAUUUAAAACGUUUAUCGAAAAUUUUGAAUUGAAUUGUGAUUCUUCGAUAAAGAUUGAAUUCAAACUAGAUUUAAGAAACAGGUUUGGCAAGAACUGUCAAGACCAUAAAAAUUGCAUGUCAACAAAGACACCGAUAUACAAAUAGUGUGUAAAAAUUGCUCGUGUCUAUGUUUGAUCAGACACUUUUCCCAUUUUAGACAUAAGUAAUAUUGUUGGUAUUCAACCAGUAUGAUAAGACGCAAUCUGUUUUUAUUGAACACCAAAUCAAGUAAUGUAUCUCAAGAGAAUGUAAAACGAAGUUCACUAAGCACUUUGAUGAUUUACUUUGGAUAUGCGUGUCCGUGACGACAAGCACCGAAAAUGUGUCGUAAAAAUAUGCAUGCCCCCAAUGGUCAUGCAUUACCGUAUUUUGUCGCAUUGCAAAUUCUUGGGUUUAGAUUUGGUGCAUACAUUCAGUUAAAACGCAUGUGUCGAUAGACUUUAACAUAUUACCAUUUCCACUUAUUACUUUUGGGCACACUGGUGUGCGAAAGGUACAUUUUGAAUCAAACAUAAAAUCACGAAUUGAACAAAAGAUUGAAGUACAGAAAAGUGGAUAUACUAUUUAUAAAAAUUCGAAUAAAAUGGAAGCGAAGAAUGACCCAGAAAUAAUAAUAUUAAAA